AUGCCGGCCGGCCGUCACUUGAUAUGCCACGUGAACCACGCUCCUUGCAAGAAGCCCGACGGCAGUUGCAACAGUUCGACCCAUGGCAGCAGCAGCGGCACCUCGUGUGACUCCCUGUGCCUUGGCGAAAUGGUGUGUGACUAUCUCGAGAACGAGUGCGAUGCCUGCGACCCCUGCGAUGCCUGUGACGUUUCUUGUGACGUUGCCUGCGACGCUACUGGCGAUGACGACCGCGGGUGUUGCGGGACCUGGCAGACGUGGAAGGCGGCAACAGGGAAAGGAGGAACAGCAGGAGCAGUAGCAGCAGCAGCAGCAGCAGCAGCAGCAGCAGCAGCAGCAGCAGCAGCAGCAGCAGCAGGAGCAAGAGCAGCAGCAGAAGCAGCGGUUGCGAACGCGCGUAACCAUCCCCAUGGACGAUGGGUUACAGAGUCUCGGGCAUUUGGAGCAUCGGACAGCCUUGAACGCCUUGCUUCAUUGGUCGAGACCCUCAGCUGUUGUGAGACGCCAGAGGAGUAUGCAGUGCUUGAGAUCGUCUCUGCUGCCAUGAAACACGCUCCCACCACCACACCUGUUGACGGUAGCAGAAGCAGCACCGGCAGCAGCAGCAUCAGCAACACCAGCAGCAGUAGCAGCGCUAUCACCACCAGAAGUAUCAGCAACAGUAGCAGCAGCAGCAGCAGCAGCAGCAGCGCCAGCAUACACAACCUGGUUGUUCAAAAGUUGCAGGCGAGGGGAUACGACGCUGCAGUGUGCCAUGCUCACUGGAAGUGCUUCAACGGCUUCCCUCAUGGCUGCCAUGACUACUGCGACGUCAUUCUUCAACCAUCCUCCCCCAACCGCCUGCCCAGCCGUUUAAUAAUCGACCCCGAUUUCCGGGCACAGUUCCAAAUCGCCCAUCGCACACUGCACUACGAUUUCAUCCUCCAGCUGACCCCACUUUUUUUUGUGGGCUGCCCGGACCGGCUGCACCAGCUGGUGAAAGUUUUGUGCGAGGCGGUGUGGCAGUCGAUCCACGCACAGGGGAUGCACGUACCACCGUGGCGCAGGCACCAAUACGUGGCUGCCAAGUGGACUGCUGCUUACUCCCGCCGCGUUGCUGUCUCUGCAGAGCGUUUGGGAGAUGGAAUACCUCCUACUGCUGCUGCGGCUGCUGCUGCUGCUGGUGCUGGUGCAGCUGUUGCAACUCGUACUGAAGCUGCUGCUGCUGCUGCUGCUUCUUCUGCUGCUUCUGCUGCCUCUUCUGCUGCUUCUGCUGCUUCUUCGUUCAGCUCCAUUGUGCAAAAUGCACCAGUGGCUUUCAUGUCAGUGAACCAACCACUGAAACUAGAUGAAGGGCCGUUCAGGACCCCUUGCCGUGCCACUUGUCUCCACCAGCAAUGCAGGAGCGCCCUGCCAGGCGGCAGAGGAGGAGGAGGAGGAGGAGCAGAGGUGGUGGGACUGCUGGCGAAAGGGAUGCGGCAGCUGGCUUUACAAGGGGAAGCGGAGAAGCAGCAGCGGGUGGCGAUGCUAACAACUCGAAAUCCUGGCGAUGUUAACAGCUCUGCAGCAACGUCUGGUGCAUGUGAACAUGCUGCUGCUGGGUACGUGAGGAUGCCAUGA